CAAGUAAGGCGAUCAAACAACUUAACUACACACGAACAUGAAAACAAAAACUCUUUCUAAAUCUGAACAACAAAAACCAAAAACAAAAGGCGCUUCUCUCUCUAUAAUUUAAGAUUAUUCUCUGGAAAUUCAAACCAAUUCAACUCCCUCCGUGCCUCCCGAUCUCUCACUCAGCUGAAAGAUAGAAGCUUUACGCUGCGUCGUUUUCCCGGCCUAAAUCUUGGGUUUUUACUUCAGAACUCAGUUCAAUACGAUUCGAUCUUCGGUUGGUGGGAAGUCUGGUGAAUUAUGUUGAAAAUGGGGCUGGUUUUGUUAAUUUCUCAGAAAUUCGAAGAGGGUAGUGGUGUUUCGGACGGUAAUUAGGGUUUUCCUUUUUUAGCAAGUAUGGGUGUUUAUCGAUUUCGGGUUAAGUAAUUAGGGUUUUUGGAGGAUAUUAGCUGGGCAAUUGUACUGUUUUUUAAGAUAGGGUUCCAGGUUUAUUGUUAAUUUGGUGAGUUUUGUUGGGUUUGAUUUGAAUUAAUGUUUUGAGAAAUUUAGGGUUUUUUUGGGAGUUCAAUUUCUCUGCUGAAUGUUAAGUGUUUAUCUUUGGUUUUCUUAAGCUGAAGUGAUACAGUAUAUGUAGCUGGAAGUUUGCAUUUUGGGUUUAUAAUUUAUAAUUAAAAGUCGUUCUUUGGUGUAUGAUAAGAUAGGUUAUUUGAGUUUGGGGUGAGAAAUGUUUUAUUCACAGUUUAUUUUGGCCAAGAAAGGGCCUUUAGGGACAAUAUGGAUCGCUGCUCAUUUAGAGAGGAAGCUUCGAAAGAAUCAGGUGGCUGAUACUGAUAUUGGAGUCUCAGUAGACUCAAUUCUUUUUCCUGAAGUACCAAUUGCACUUAGAUUGUCCAGCCAUCUUUUGCUUGGUGUGGUGAGGAUAUAUUCUAGAAAGGUGAAUUACCUUUUCGAUGAUUGUAGUGAGGCAUUGCUUAAGAUAAAGCAAGCUUUUCGCUCAACUGCAGUUGAUUUGCCGCCAGAAGAAUCGACUGCGCCUUAUCACUCUAUCACAUUGCCAGAGACUUUUGAUCUUGAUGAUUUUGAGUUGCCAGAGAAUGACAUUUUCCAGGGUAACUAUGUUGAUCAUCAUGUCAGUACAAGGGAGCAAAUUACCCUCCAAGAUACCAUGGAUGGUGUGGUUUAUUCCACAUCUCAGUUUGGAUUGGAUGAGCGUUUUGGUGAUGGUGAUGCAUCUCAGAUUGGUUUAGACCUUGAUGAGGAGCUAUUAAGGGUUACAGCUUCAGGGCAUGAUGCUGUUUCAAAUGCUGAUCCUCAGGGGUCUGUCAAAUCGUUGACACCUUGGGAAGAAGAUAAUAUUGGUGAGCGGAUAAAUGAAACUUCAGAAGCCACGGCAAUGAAUGACAAUGUAAAUCAGCUUGAAAGACUUGGUGUCCAUGCGGAAUCUCUUGAGUAUGCUGAAGCACCAUCUACUCCAGGAUUGGUACAAGAGCCAAAUUUGUCCUGCGUGCAGGAGGCUCAGGCCAGUGAUGAUCAUUUGGAAUCAGAAGAUCACAAUUCUAAUGAGUUAGUGGCUACGGUGAAUGGCAACCACAUUGGAGGUCUGGAGGUCAAACACGCGGAGCCACUUCGUGACUCUGUCAACUUGAUGCCUAUGGUUUUAGAAUACUCAGAGCGGACCAUUGGUGCAUUAGAUGGUUCAGACAGGAUGGAAAACAUGCAAAAUGCCAGUGUAGGUGGGAAUGUCCCAAAUAUGAUAUCUGUACAACAAGGAGUUAGGUCAGAUGAAACUGCUGCAUCUCCUUGUUGCUUUCAUGUCACCUCACAGGAACUGAGUCACAGAACCUGUCCGGAUAGCACCAAUGAUGUAUCAGAAGGUGAUUUGAUGGACGGUCAAGGUUCAAUCAGGACUAAAAUUCAAAGUGAUGCUGAAAUUUCUGAGAAUGUACCCAUGUCUGCCGCACCGGCAAUUGUGGAUGCAGAAGGCCAUGCCAGUCGGGAACCUAAGGAUACAACGGCUGCAAACAAGCCUGGUGAUCUUGAAGAGAUGUCAUCCAAUGUGUUAAAGCCAUGCAGCUCACACCUGAGUCAACCUGAUAUGUCUUCUCCUGGUUAUGGACAUUAUGUUGAGAUACACUCAUCAGAGACAUCUAGAAGGGCUCCUGUUGAGGUGCAAGGUGAAGAGUGCCAUGUUACAGACAUUUUGCAAUCAGAGAAAGAUCAGAUAUCAGGGCCUUCUAUAUGCGGGGAAAUUGAUGCAGAUAACAAGAAAUCAGAUGAACUUUUGGACAAUGUGGUCUCCAAUGAUCAGUUAGAAAAUUUGAACAAUUCUACGAGUUUGGAGUUGCCUGAACCAGAAAAGCUACUCUCUGUACCAGAGGGGUCUCUUGAUAAACCAAAUGAUUUGCUUGUUGAUUCCACUCCAGAGAAAGCUUUAGUGGGGAGUGAUGGGGUUGAUGCUGGAAUCAAACUUGUGUCAGGGAAAAAACGUAGUUACACAGAAAGUACACUAACUGUAGAGAGUUUAAACUCAUCUGAAUCCUUUGGGGCAGCCAGAUAUAAGAGAACUUCGGAGUCCAUUCCUGAUGAUGAUGAUUUGUUAUCAUCUAUUCUAGUUGGAAGAAAGUCUUCAGUUUUAAAAUUGAAGCCCACGCCUCCUGCCCCUGAAGUACCAUCUAGAAAAAGAACCCGUUCUGUGCCUCAAACUAGUGCUUUGAAGAGAAAGGUGCUGAUGGAUGACACCAUGGUCUUGCAUGGCGAUAUAAUACGCCAACAAUUGACAAAUACUGAAGACAUACGCCGGAUACGAAAAAAAGCUCCUUGCACUUGCCCUGAAAUUUUGAUGAUUCAGAUACAGUUCUUGGAGAAUGAAAUAUUCAGUGAACCCAUAUUUACAGGUAUGUCAGCAGAAUUGAUGAGUUUGCUCUGUGAAACACCUGAUCUGAGCAGAAUCAGGGUUUCAGAAACUGAUGAGAAUCAUGGUUCUUCUGAACCAGCAAAGGAUGUGGAGUGCUCAUUUAGGUCUAAUGUUGAAGAUGGAGAGGAUGGGAGCAAAUAUCCUGAGGUUCAUGUUGAAGCACAGCUUGCAGAGACUUUCAUUAGUGGCCAUGUCUUAGGAUCUCAUGAUAUUGAUGCUCGAGGGGGUACAAAUGCUAUUACUGAUGCACCUGAGCUUGAAGCAGUGCAAAAUGAACCCUUGGCUGAGGUAACUGAAAUGGACAUUGACAGAGCUAAUGUUGAAGUUGCUGAGACAGCUAAUUUCUCUGCUGAGAUUAACUGUCCUAUAGAAAUUCAGAACAUGCCUGAUGAAGAUAAAACCAACGGUGCAUAUGCUUCUCUUCAGAUAGAUACAUUGGGCAUUACACCUGAGCAGAAAUUGGAUAUUAAACCUGUUGGAGACAAUGCUACUUUAGUGGAUACAAGCAAUGGGAAAGUAGUUGAUGCUGUUGAAGGAGAAGAUACUGUUGCAAUUGAUACUGAAUUGAAAGCAAGGGAUGAACUUCCCCUGAAGGAAGGCAAAGUUGGGGUGUUUGUUCAAAAUGAGGGUGAUGGCCUGACAGAUUUUACCGCAAAUGGUGUUAUGAAUGAGGAUGGUUUCCAGUCUGCAGAUUUGGGUUGUGAUAGGUUGGACCCAAACUCAAACCUUGUAUAUGGUGAAGAACCUCUUAUAGAUCCUACAAAUUCAGUUAAACAUGAUACAGAGUUGAAAGACACUUCAUUGAAUGAUGAAGAAAACCCAAUCUUUGUAGAUGCUGACCAUCCUGCUGCUGAAGAUCGUGGUGAACUUGAAGGCAUCACAGUUGAGCAUGAUACAGAAUUUCUGAACGUAGAUGACGAUGAAGUAGCUGAAGAUCAUGAUGACAGGGAUGGCUGUCCUGAAGACACUCGCCUUCUUGAGAAUAGUGGAUGGUCUUCCCGCACCAGGGCUGUUGCCAAGUACUUACAAACUCUAUUUGAGGAGCCUGUACAUGGAAGAAAGCUUCUGGCCUUGGACAACUUAUUAUCUGGUAAAACUCGCAAGGAAGCAUCGAGAAUGUUUUUCGAAACACUGGUUCUGACAACAAAGGAUUACAUCCAGGUAGAACAGCCAAAGCCCUUGGAGAACAUUAACAUAAAGCCGCGAGCGAAGCUCAUAAAAUCAGACUUUUGAUCCCUCACAUAGGAAAGGCAGAUAAUGUUGAAAAGAUUUAUGUAGUUGUAGUUCAGCUGACAGUUGAUCCGGAUCGGGGAUUUUUUUCUUCACUGGAUUUUUACCUUUUUUUUUCCCUUUGCUUUAAAUUAUGCCCUUAUUUAGUUGAUGUAAUUGGUAGGUUUAACAACAAGAUCAAGUGUCACAGGUCAUACUGUUGAUUGUAGCCACAAUGUUGUAAUGGAUGAUGAAGUAUAAUAAGUAUAUAUCUGUAUAAUAUUAACAGUUUCCAUUGAA